AAAAUACGAUCCCUUUUUGAGAUCUAUAAAUAGUUAAAUUGCUCGGAGCUUUAACUCCGUGUAAAAUUACACUGAAGGACGGUUCCUUUGAUUUCGAGAGUAGAUCUUCGCUCGCUUCUCUCUUUCGUCGAACUCCGCGUAAUAAUCGCUCAUAUUUCUCGCAGACGUGAAGAAUGGGGCUGUCUUUCACAAAGCUGUUCAGCCGGCUUUUUGCCAAGAAGGAGAUGCGUAUAUUGAUGGUUGGACUUGAUGCUGCUGGUAAAACCACCAUUCUUUACAAGCUCAAGUUGGGAGAGAUUGUCACCACAAUUCCAACCAUUGGUUUCAAUGUGGAAACUGUGGAAUACAAGAACAUCAGCUUUACUGUCUGGGAUGUUGGUGGCCAGGACAAGAUUCGUCCAUUGUGGAGGCAUUACUUCCAAAACACACAAGGACUCAUUUUUGUGGUUGAUAGCAAUGAUCGUGAUCGUGUGGUCGAAGCCAGGGAUGAGUUGCACAGGAUGUUGAACGAGGAUGAGUUGAGGGAUGCUGUGCUGCUGGUAUUUGCAAACAAGCAAGAUCUUCCAAAUGCUAUGAAUGCUGCCGAGAUCACUGACAAGCUUGGCCUUCAUUCUCUCCGUCAGCGCCACUGGUACAUACAGAGCACAUGUGCCACUUCCGGUGAAGGACUGUAUGAGGGACUGGAUUGGCUCUCAAACAACAUUGCGAACAAGGCUUAAAUGAAACGAUUGAACCGACGGUCACACUAAAAAUGGCCCCAUUUUGAUGUUCUGGAUGUCCAUCUCGUUCAAGUGUUCUAGCUUUCUUUUUUUAUAUUUCUUAUUCCCUGCAAACAUUACCCAUUUGUCACUUGUAGUUUAAAGAAUAAUUUGAGUAAAUUUCGAUUUCCUUUGUUGUAUUACCUCCAUAGCUGCAAAAGGAAAGAAAAAGGUUUUCUCCUA